GGACUCCAACGUAGUGAUGCAUGGACACACACUCACUCGCAGUUAGUCACACACUCAUCUAGAUUAAUGUAGUGCUCAGGAUGUUGCAGCCGCAGCAGCCCAUCACAGGCAACGGGCCCAGCGCAAGCCGCGGUGGCGGGUUGAGCGUUCACCCGGGCAUGCAUCCCCUUAACUCGAUACAUCCAGCCGCUCAACAUCGCCCCGAUGGAGCAGACCCCGCGGGCCUCGAAGGCACAGAAAACGGACACGACAACCGCAGAGAUAUCGGAGAUAUCCUCCAACAGAUUAUGACGAUCACCGACCAAAGUUUAGACGAAGCUCAAGCAAAAAAACACGCUCUGAACUGUCAUCGUAUGAAACCGGCCUUAUUCAGCGUUCUGUGCGAAAUUAAGGAGAAAACUGGUCUUUCCAUGAGAAAUGUUCAGGAGGAGGAGCCUCCUGACCCACAGCUCGUACGAUUGGACAACAUGCUGCUGGCUGAAGGUGUAGCCGGGCCAGAGAAAGGGGGCGGAGCCGCAGCGGCAGUAUCUGCUGCGACCAGCUCUGGCGGGAUGUCCCCUGACAGCUCAUUGGAACACUCCGACUAUAAAAGCAAGUUGAGCCAAAUUCGGAACAUUUACCACACAGAGCUGGAAAAAUACGAGCAGGCCUGCAGUGAGUUCACUACCCAUGUUAUGAAUCUGCUGAGGGAGCAGUCUCGCACCCGGCCGGUGUCUCCACGUGAGAUCGAGCGCAUGGUGGCCAUCAUUCACCGCAAGUUCAGCUCCAUUCAGACGCAGCUCAAACAGAGCACCUGUGAAGCCGUCAUGAUUCUACGCUCACGGUUUUUGGACGCCAGGCGUAAGCGGCGUAAUUUUAGUAAACAGGCCACAGAGGUUCUGAACGAGUAUUUCUAUUCACACCUCUCAAACCCUUACCCGAGUGAGGAAGCCAAAGAAGAACUGGCCAAGCAGUGCAGUAUCACUGUGUCUCAGGUGUCCAACUGGUUUGGCAACAAGAGGAUUCGCUAUAAGAAGAACAUUGGGAAAUACCAGGAAGAGGCCAAUCUGUAUGCCAUGAAGACAGCCUUAGGGGCGACACAGAGCGAAGAUUCACCCCACACUCCAAACUCCACUGGCUCAGGGUCGUUCUCUCUGUCAGGAUCAGCUGACUGCUUUCUAGGGGUUCCACCAAUGAACGGCGAGCAGCCUCCGUAUCACAUGGGAGCUCAGGACGCUCAAUCGCGCUUCUCAGAAAGACUGUAUAUUACCAGAGAGAGCCGGACUAAUGGUAACUGGCAGGAGCAGAACUCGCCGCCGUCCGCUGCUUCACCCGGAACUGAUCACUCCGUCGACUCAGACUGAUGACGUCCACCUCACAGACACGAAAGAAUGAUGCUCUCUCUUCUACCCAACUGCAGAUUUACUUUUCUUCUUAGUUUUAUUUUCGUUGGACUUCACGUCGAGCCUCAUUCAUGAAGCAGAGUUUUACAUGUAGAUCCUUUAUAAAUGUAUCCUUAUUACAUUUAAUGCAAUCAUUUACAUAAGAAAAGGCCUUGUUUAUGAAGCAUGUAAAUGUGUAAACUGCUUGUAAAAUUGCUAAACGACAGUUUAAGCCAAACUAUUAUUUGGAAUAAUUUUGUUUUUAACCCGUUUAUAGGACACUCAUUGAAAUACUCGUCAGGAAAAAUCCUGGAGCGUCACUAGGGGUUAUUAUUAUUAAUUUUUAAGUCACUUUUUAAAGUAAUAAUUAAAAUAAUUGUAAGUGAAAAGUAUAUUAUAAACUUAAAUUAAAAUAUAUUAUAAACUAUAUCUUAAUGAAAUUACCAUAAAUGGUUCCUUGCCCAAUAAAGGGUUAAAAUGUCUUAAGUCUCUCUUCAAGGCUGCAUUUAUGUAAUAAAAAACUAUAGUAAAAUAGUGAAAUAUUACUUAAAUAUUUUAAAAUCUAAUUUAUUUCUGUGAUGCAAAGAUUUCAGUUUCAGGUAUCUGGUUUCAGUUAUGAGUUUUCAGUUUCAGUGAUCAAUUUUCAGCAUCACAUGAUCCAGACAUAAUACUAAUAUGCAGAUUCUGUGUUCAGUUAUUUAUUAUUGGUGCAAAAGAACCUUUUAUAAACAGUUUUUAUUUUAAUUUCCAAUAACUAAAUGUAGCCUUUGUCUGAGCCAAACUAUUAUUUGGAAUAAUGAUGUUUUUAACCCCUUUAUAGGACACUCAUUGAAAUAAUUAUCAGGAAAAACCCUGGAGCGUUACUGGGGGUUAUUACUUAUUUUGAAUUACUUAAAAUUACUUUAAACUUUAUAAUAAGUAGCAAUUUAAUGAAAUAAUUUAAAGAUUUUUGACCUUAUUACUUGAAUAACAAAGUAAAAAGAGAGUAUAUUAUAAACAAUCUCAAACAAGUUACUAUAAAUGUUUCCUUGCUAAAUAAAAGAUUAAUAUUUUAAGUCUCUCAUUAAGGCUGCAUUUAUGUAAUAAAGAAAUAGUGAAAUAUUACUUAUUUUAAAAUCUAGUUUAUUUCUGUGAUGCAAAGCUGAAUUUUCAGCAUUAUUACUUAUCAGUUUUCAGCUUGAGGUAUUUGGUUUCAGUUUCAGUGAUCCAUUUUCAGCAUCACAUGUUCCAGAAAUCAUACUAUUAUGCAGAUUCUGUGUUCAGUUAUUUAUUAUUGGUGCAUAAUAACCUUUUAUAAACAGUUUUCACUUUAUUUUUAAUUAAUAAAUGUAGCCUUUGUCUGAGCCAAACCGUUAUUUGGAAUUAUCAUGUUUUUAACCCCUUUAUAGGACACUCAUUGAAAGAAUCGUCAGGAAAAACUUUACUUCUUCUUUUUUUUUUUUUUUUGUAAUCAAGUUUUAAGUAAUAAUUAAAUUAAAUAAUUAAGACUUUUGAACUUGUAACUUAAAAGGAAAAAGAAAGUAUAUUAUAAACAAUCUCAAAGAAGUUUCCUUCCCAAUAAAAGGCAAAAAUGUUUUAGGUCUCUCAUCGAGGCUGCAUUUAUGUAAUAAAAUUAUAGUAAAAUAUAACUUAAAUAUUUUAAAAUUUAAUUUAUUUCUGUGUCAGUUUUCAGCAUCACAUGAUUUAGAAUCAUUAUAUGCAGAUAAUAUGCAGAUUCUGUGUUCAGUUAUUUAUUAUUAGUUAUUAUAAACGGUUUUCACUCAACGCUUCGUUCAUUAAAUGUAGCCUUUGUGAGCAGAACAGGCUUUUGUGAGCAGUUUAUGCAUUUGUCUCAUGAAGAAGGCCUUUCUCCAUUUAGAUGGUUGGAUGUUUGUGUGAGAGAAGAGCUGGAUGAGAUCAAGGCUUUUACUUGUGUUGUUUUAGUUUUUUACAUUUCCACUACAUCACAACUUCCAUUAUGUGUUACUGCAAUAUCUGGGUGUUGAAUGGGGGAACUUUUUAAGCUGCAUUACGACUGCUUUCAUUACAGCUAUUUUAUUAUUAUUAUUAUUAUUAUCACUGCUCAAUAUAGUUUAUUCAGAGCUCAGAUAGGAUUGGCUUGGCUGAAAGGGGCAAUAUUGAUAAAUCCAAAGAUUGUUUUUUUGGUUGUUUCUCUGUGUGUAUGUGCGUGUUUCUCUUUUUUACUGGGUUUGUGUAUGUAUCAGUUUUCUGAAUGAGGUGUGUUUGCUGUUUUAUUUACCGUUUGAAUGAGUAUAUCAACAGUGCUGUCUUUUCUCUGUACAGUGAAACACCUGUAUUCUCUACCUCUUUUACAAUAAAGACUGUCUGUGUACACAUUCA